AUGUGGAGCGGAGACGCCGCGCCCGCGCCCGCGCAGCAUCGAGAGGGAGAGGGGAUUCCCGGGUGGACCGACGGAAUCGACCAAAGCGAGAGCACCAACGGAGCCGAUGCAUGGGUCGACGUGGAGCGGUGUCGACGCCCCACGGGCUGCCCGUCGCGUCAACCCCCCGGCCACCGUCUCGUCCCGUCCCAUCACCCCGCCUGGCCCUUCCCUGGCCUUGGCGGCGGUGGCCUCCUCCCUCUCCGCGUCCUCAUCGCCGCGCGCGCACUUGGCCGAGUGCAUCUCUUGUUCAGUCAGUCAGUCAGUCAGUCAUCGGCCGUAGUCGACGGCCAGAAUCUUCAUCACCGAGCCAAAAAGGACAACGUGGGGAGGACCAAGACGGAGACGCGGCACUCUCGCCACGGCCACCUUUGA